AAACAAAUCACUAACGUUCACGAUCUCAACGCGAGCGGUUGUGCGUAGCGGACUAACGACGACACGGCGUAUAAGUAAUAGAAGAAUACAACAAAAAGUGUAUGAAAUCAAGUGAGGUAAAGGAAGUGGAUGUGAAGUGAAAGCGUAGAAGAAGAAUUGCCCGCUGAAAGAGGAAGAAGGGCGGAGCACAUACUAUGAAAAUGAAAUAUUGAGUUACGUGCGAGCAGUUAAACAAAUAAAGACUUCUGCAAUCUAAAUUUAAAGAGUUUCAUUUGAGAAGAGAAAGAGAAUAGCAAGAAAUAGUUAAACAUACAGCUGAUGUGUUCUGCUCUGGCAAUAGUGCAAUUUAUAAGUGAGUACACAGUGCAAAUACAACAAUAGCCAAUAAACAACAAAAAGUGAAAGCAAAAAGAUAGUAUCGCAAAAUCUCUGGAUCAGCAAAAAACUGCGAAAAUCUAAGGGUGUUUUGGUUGAAAUUAAAGAGUCUAAUAAAGUUAGCAAAAAUACAGCGAAAAGGCAGUGAAAAGUUGACAAAAAUAUUCGGGCAGCAAAUACCCUAAAAAUAACAAAAAUAAUAAUAAUAAAGCGCCUCAACAACAAACAAUAAUGUCACCAUUUACAAGCGAUUUGAACAUCAAAACUAGCACCAACUCUAUGAUGAUCCACGCCGCCAUUGCCGAGAUGGCCGCCACCGCUGCAAACGUCGAGUUGGUGGCACGCGGCAAUGCCACCGACAAUGAUAGCGACAGCGACCACGACAAUAUGUCGCUUAUGAGUCGCUGCCGCCGCAGCAUCAUCAGGGUGCGAGUUGGCGAUUUGAUGAGCUACCAGAAUAUGCUUGUAGUGCUAACGGUAUUGGUUUGCGGCCUUGCUACCGUCAACGGGCUCAAGUGCCACAUGUGCGGCCAGUAUAACGAGGGCGUCGGUUCCAUUACGCCUUGCCUCAACUACUCGGAUCAAUAUGCGCAUCUCUAUCUGAAGGAAUGCUCGAAGAAAAGCGAGAAGUACUGUGUGUCAUCUCUGGCCACGAAACAGUGUUGGCGUGGCAGUGCAAAUGGCGUCGUACAUUAA